GCGCAUUCUGCAGGACUGCCCAGUGUUGUGCAACUUGUUCUCAGGGAUGGGGGAAAGGAGGGUUUUCAGAAAGUCAGGCUCCUCUCUCAAAGUGCUGCGUCUUGCUGUGGAGUGUGAAUAACUAAACAGGAACGAUGCUGAGACCUUUGUGCCGUCAGAUCCGCUGGUCCAGGAAGAAAUUGGUGCGAUGGCCGAACAUGGGACUGACUGUGAGCUGCCACAGAGACGGACUGGAUCCAAGGAGCAGCAAAAUGGGAAGUUUGCAGAUGGCGUGUCACUGGCUGAGAGGAAGCAGCGGGAGAAGGAGGAGCGCCUAGGCCUGGUGCUGUGGAAAAAGCCCCUUGUGACGCUGCACUACUUCUUGCUAGAGACCCUGAUCACCCUGAAGGACUGGACCUGGAAGCUGUACCGGCAGAAGGGGCCUGUAUUCGCCGUGCUAGUGCUUUGCGCAGUCUUCUCCAUGGCCUACUCCGUCGAGGGAGCCCAUCAGAAGUAUGUGCAGUACCUGGAGAAGAAAUUUCUCUGGUGUGCCUACUGGGUAGGCUUGGGCGUGCUGUCAUCCGUCGGCCUGGGGACAGGCCUCCACACCUUCCUGCUGUACCUGGGUCCUCACAUAGCGUCUGUCACCCUGGCGGCGUAUGAAUGUAACUCCGUGGACUUCCCCGAGCCCCCUUACCCCGAGCAGAUCAUCUGCCCCCAGGACGAGGUGGUCGGGGGAGGCAUCUCCUUGUGGGCCAUCAUCUCCAAGGUCCGCCUCGAGGCCUGCAUGUGGGGGGCGGGCACAGCCAUCGGGGAGCUGCCCCCGUACUUCAUGGCUCGUGCGGCCAGGCUCUCGGGCACCGAGCCAGACGACGAGGACUAUGAGGAAUUUGAAGAGAUGCUGGAACAGGCUGAGAGCGCUCAGGACUUUGUAACCAGAGCGAAGCUGGCAGUCCAGAAAAUGGUCCAAAAAGUUGGAUUUUUUGGAAUUCUAGCUUGUGCCUCCAUCCCAAACCCCCUCUUUGACUUGGCUGGGAUAACAUGUGGUCACUUUUUGGUUCCGUUCUGGACCUUCUUUGGUGCAACACUUAUUGGGAAAGCCGUUAUUAAAAUGCACAUCCAGAAACUGUUUGUUAUCAUAACGUUCAGCAAGCACAUAGUGGAACAGAUGGUGUCCCUGAUCGGAGUGGUCCCGGUGCUGGGCGCCUCACUCCAGAAGCCCUUCAGCGAUUACCUGGAAGCUCAGCGGGCCAAGCUUCACCAUCGAGCCGGCGAGGGCACUCCAGCGGGGGAGAACUGGUUGUCCUGGCUGUUCGAGAAGGUGGUGAUCAUCAUGGUCUGCUAUUUCGUAUGCUCCAUCAUUAACUCCAUGGCACAGAGUUACGCCAAGAGAAUGCAGAGCAAGAAAUACUCAGAAGAGAAAACCAAGUGAUUAACUGAUAGCUAAGCCGGCGUUCUCCUCAUCGUCAUCGCCAUUUUUAUAUUUUCAUUAGUAGAGCUCUGUGUUUACAGUAGGUUACCGCUAUUUUUCCCCUUUCUUACUCCCUCGCCAUUGAACAUAAUUUAUUGCAGAAUGUCUUUCUAUAUGCCGACCGCUUGACUUUGUGGACGGGGUAACCCGGAGGCUGUGCAGUUCAAAGACAAUAUAAAACCCAUUUCAGACUUUGAGCGGCAGUUGGACGGCAUGCGUCUGUGGCUAACGUGCGUCGCUGCGAGUCCUCGUGCGACCCGGCAGCACCCGGCUGCCAGUAAAGUGAACAGCACUCGCUCUGUUUACUCGAUUUAUUUAACUGGUGUGUGCUUGUACAGAUGAGCCUAAUGGGUUUAGUUUUUCUGCGUGUAAGGUCAUGUAACUGUGAUACUAAUGACUUACUUUCAGGGCUUUAUUUUUAAUUGUUUUACGUUAUUUAUCAGUACUGUUUUUCCACAUUGUUAAAUAAGGAUAGCAAUAUCUAAAUGGAUAGACAUGGUAUUUAAACUGAUUGCACAUCCUGUAAAUAAUUACUUCAGGUUAUCAGUAUGCACAUUUAUAUCUUAAUAGUACAGAAAUGGAUUUUGGGAGAAAAUGAUUUCAUUUGUAACUGUAAAUACUGCAGUCCGUGUCAUUUUUACUCUGUACGCUUAGACUGACCCUCCACACUUUAUAAAGCCGCCAUGAAUCAUUCUGCA